AUGAAGAUCACUUCGUUUGGCUUGGCGGCCAUCGCGCUCGCCUUGAUGGCGGACAACACCGAAGCACUCCCCGCCAUUCGCAACUAUAAGGGUGUCUCGCCGUACAAGGCACGCACCACCGUCAACCCGACCAUGCCGGCCAUGAAGGACCCUCGCUCCGUUCCCGGUGCUCGUCGCAUGCGUCUCAGCAGCAACGAGCAGCUCGAAGAGACGUACCUGGACGAGCUGCACUACAUCCCCGCCCACGGUGAGCCCGAUGCGUCGAGUCAGUUCUGGAGCAACGUGCAGCACCGACUCGAGUCGGCCAUCGACCGAUUGGACCGAGCCACGUCGAUGCUGGGAGUUGGUAACGCUGUGUCGCCCUACAAGGCUGCCAACGCGGUCAAGAGCGCCGCCAAGUCGCUCGGGUUCUCGUUCAGCGUCAACAGCCGCAAGGGUGCGCACAGCGCCUCGUCGCCCGAGUUUACGUUCAACUUCAACGUCUCGGAGCCGUUGGCAUGGGGCGAGGAGGCCGAACUGUCGGCAGCCACGCGCGAAGACGCCAUGAUCAAUGGAAAGACGCUGCCUAACCUGCCCCAGGACUCGGGCUUCGACUACACGACCAAGAAGGUGCGCGGUGUCAACUUGGGCAACUGGCUCCUAUUCGAGGCGUGGAUGGACAGCUCGCUGAUGCAGCAGCUCAACGACCACGCCAUCAACGCUCCCACCGCCAACCCGAUCAUCGACGAGUGGACCGCCGGUCUGUACUCGGACCCAGGCUGGGCCGCCUACGUGCUGCAGAAGCACUUUGACGAGUGGAUGACCGAGAAAGACUGGAAGGCGAUCAAGGCAGCCGGUCUCAACCACGUCCGCAUCCCCGUGCCUUACUUUAUGUUCAAGGAGGCCGUGGGACCUAACGCUCCUUACCUCACCCUGAACCGAUUCGCCAAGCUCAAGGAAGGCGUGCUGCUCGCCAAAAAGUACGGCCUCAAGGUGUGGAUCGACCUGCACAGCGUGCCCGGAUCGCAGAACGGCUUCGACAACUCGGGCCGCUCCGGUCCCAUCCACUGGGCCAACAACCCUUCCUACUACACGCAGACACAGUACGCGUUCAACCGUCUGGUCACCGAAUUUACUCAGUCGUCGUACGACGGUGUGGUGACGGCGAUCGAGGCGGUCAACGAGCCCAAGGGCAACUCGGUCCCUGCCGUGCAGGAGCUGCUGAACAAGUACUACCCGUGGGCUCGUAACAAGGUGGCGACCCCGGACGGAUGGAGCAAGUACUCAAACAUGCUUUUGGCGGUGCACGAUGCGUUCCAGGGCUUGCAGUACUGGCAGAACUUCUGGACAGGCCGCGCUCGUCACCGUGUGCUGCUCGACACGCACCCGUACUUUGUCUACAGCGACUGGGAGCACAGCGCUACCGACACACAGCGUCUGCAAGAGGUGUGCAACCUCACGUCGAGCUUCGAGCAGUCGCAGAAGUACUACCCCUCGAUCGCUGGUGAGUGGGCGGUCAACGGACCAAACGGCGACAGGGCGGCAGACCGCGACUUGCCCGUGGGCCCGGUCAAGUUCCCCUCGGGCCCGGACUACCCUUACUCGGUCAAGUACAUGGCGUUCAUGGCGAGGAACUUCAGGACGCAGCAGUGGGUGUUUGAGCAGGGUGGCGGAUGGAUCUUCUGGUCGUGGCGCAACGACAACAACCCGGACUGGUCCUACCAGACUGGUCUCAAGUAUGGCUGGAUCCCGACCGACCUGGAUGCGCAGCCGUACGGUGCCAAUCCAUGCUCUUGCAUCCCGAGCUUGAUGGAGGCGGCCAAGGACGGUAGCGCCGAGGCUACCUGGACCCAGCUUGAGCUCGAGGGAGAGGUCUACUAG